CCCCUUUGUGUGUUUGUGAGGAUGUUAGCUAAGCGCUGCCUGUAAGGGCUGGGGAGAGAGCGAAGAGGGGGACGGAGCAGCGUGUUUUGGGGUCGUUGACGGCUCGUUUUUUGAAUUUCCCUCAUCACCCGUUUAGUCGGGCUUAAUGAAUGAACCUUGCCACACAAACAGGCUGAUUUGUGGCAAUUCUCGCACCGACAGAGAGAGAGGAAGAGGGGAGGGGGGGGAGAGCACACCUCGAGCCGGGACUACAAGCACACUACUCACCCACCACCACCACCACUACUACCCCCUCCCUUCCUGGACACCCCCGGUUCAUUCUCCACCAGUCCCACGUCAUUUUCCCUCCUCCCUCGCCGACCGAGGAGCAAGGUUUAGGAGGGAUUAAUUCGACCAGCAAGAAAUAAAAUUAAAACGCAGGGGAAAAUGUCGUGCAGCGAGGAUGAGAGGGAAGACUUUGGGACCGCGGACGAGCACUCACUAAUUCACGAUGAGGACGAGCCGGAGGAUGCUGUGUCUGACGUAGAAGAGGUACCAAAGUCCAAGAAGAAGAAGAAAGCCAAGAAGAGCAGCCGAGAGAAUAGGAGCAGCAAGCGGCAGAGACCGAUCCGAGAGGAGUUGCCAGUCAGCUCCCCAGAGCACCUGCUUGGAGUAGAGGCAGCAGAGAGGGAUGCUGAUGAGGGAGGUAUGCGGUCAGAGAGUGAAGGAAGUGAUUAUGCACCAGGGAGGAAAAAGAAGAAACGGUCCAGCUCCGCCAAAGACAAGAAGAAGGGAGGUGCGGCGGCAGAGAAAGGAGGCUCGUCCAGCUCAAAGAGCAAACGUAAAGAACCAGAGCCAGAAGAUGAUGAGGACGAUGACGAUGAUUGCCAGCCGAAAAGCUCCACCCAGCUGCUGGAAGCCUGGGGUAUGAAAGACAUUGACCACGUCUUUACUCAGGAAGACUACAGCUCCCUCACCAACUACAAGGCCUUCAGUCAGUUUGUCAGGCCAUUAAUUGCAGCUAAGAACCCCAAAAUUGCUGUGUCCAAGAUGAUGACUUUAAUGAUGGCUAAGUGGCGUGAAUUCAGUACAAACAACCCUCUGAAGGGUUGUGCCACUGCUAAUGCAGCCCUGGCAGCUGCCAAUGUGGCGACAGCUGUGGAGAACAUGGUGGUGGCAGGGACAGAGAGCGGGGCAGAUACCGCUCCUGCUACAUUGACUCCACCUGUUUCAACUCCUGCUGCUGCUCCAGCGCCUACUGCACCCCCAGCAGCCCCAGCACCUCCUCUCCGCAAGGCCAAGACCAAAGAGGGCAAAGGUCCCAAUGCUCGUAGGAGGUCGAAGCCCACAUCUAAGCCUCCACCGAAACCAAAACCUAAGAAGGUGGCUCCACUCAAAAUUAAACUUGGAGGCCUCAACAGCAAGAGGAAGCGCUCCUCUAGCGAUGAGGACGAACCUGAUGUUGACAGCGACUUUGAUGAUGGGAGCUUCUCAGUGUCAGAUGGCUCCAACCGCAGCAGUCGUCCUAAGAAGAAGCCCAAAAGUGCAAAGAAAAAGAAAAAAGUCGAGACAGAAGAUGGUGACGGCUAUGAGACAGACCACCAGGAUUACUGUGAGGUGUGUCAGCAGGGAGGAGAGAUCAUUUUGUGUGACACCUGUCCGAGGGCUUAUCACAUGGUCUGUCUGGACCCUGACAUGGAGAAGGCACCUGAGGGCAAGUGGAGCUGCCCGCACUGUGAGAAGGAGGGAAUCCAGUGGGAAGCCAGGGAUGAUCUGUCCGAGGCCGAAGGUGAGGACGAUGACGACAGGAGGGAUGAAGGGAUGGAGGAGGAAGACGACCACCACAUUGAGUUCUGCCGUGUGUGUAAGGACGGGGGAGAGCUGCUUUGCUGUGACACCUGCCCCUCCUCCUACCACAUCCACUGCCUCAACCCUCCUCUCCCCGAGAUCCCCAAUGGAGAAUGGAUCUGCCCCCGCUGCAAGUGUCCACCGAUGAAGGGAAAAGUGCAGAAGGUUUUAACAUGGCGCUGGGGAGAAGCACCAGCCCCUAUGCCUGUACCCCGGCCUGCUGAUCUGCCUGCUGAUGCUCCUGACCCACCACCUCUGGCAGGCCGUAGAGAGAGGGAGUUCUUUGUCAAGUGGUGCAACAUGUCGUACUGGCACUGCUCCUGGGUGCAGGAGCUACAGCUGGAGCUGAACUGCCAAGUGAUGUUCCGCAACUACCAAAGGAAGACUGACAUGGAUGAACCGCCGCCUGCUGACUUUGGAGGCGAGGGUGAUGAUGACAAAAGCACGAAGAGGAAGAACAAAGAUCCACUCUUUGUCCACAUGGAGGAGGAGUUUAGCCGCUAUGGAGUUAAGAUGGAGUGGCUGAUGAUCCACCGCGUCCUUAACCACAGUGUUGAUAAAAAGAAUAAUGUGCAUUACCUGAUCAAGUGGAGAGAUCUGCCAUAUGAUCAGUCCACCUGGGAGAGUGAAGACAUGGACAUUCCAGAGUAUGACCCCUACAAACAGACUUACUGGAAUCACAGAGAGUUGAUGAUGGGUGAGGAAGGCAGACCUGGCAAGAAGCUGAAAAAGACAGUCAAAGUGAAGAAGGCAGAGCGACCGCCUGCUAAUCCAGUUGUAGAUCCCACCAUCAAGUUUGACCGUCAGCCUGACUAUCUGGACAGCACAGGAGGAACUCUGCAUCCCUACCAGCUGGAAGGUUUGAACUGGCUCAGGUUUUCUUGGGCUCAAGCCACUGACACAAUCCUGGCUGACGAGAUGGGUUUGGGCAAGACCGUUCAGACAGCUGUCUUCCUCUACUCAUUGUACAAGGAGGGUCACUCCAAAGGCCCCUUCCUUGUCAGCGCUCCUCUGUCCACCAUCAUUAACUGGGAGAGGGAGUUUGAGAUGUGGGCUCCUGACAUGUAUGUGGUCACCUAUAUAGGGGACAAAGACAGCAGGGCUGUUAUUAGAGAGAAUGAGUUCUCCUUUGAGGGAAACGCCAUCAGAGGAGGAAAAAAGGCGUCCAAGAUGAAGAAAGACUCACCAGUCAAGUUCCAUGUUCUGUUGACAUCCUAUGAAUUGAUCACCAUUGACCAGGCUGUGCUGGGCUCCAUUGAAUGGGCAUGUCUGGUUGUAGAUGAGGCACACAGACUGAAGAACAACCAGUCCAAGUUCUUCAGAGUGUUGAACAACUACCCGCUGCAACACAAGCUGCUGCUUACAGGCACUCCACUUCAGAACAACCUGGAGGAGCUCUUCCAUUUGCUGAACUUUUUAACCCCAGAGAGAUUCAAUAAUCUCGAAGGGUUUCUGGAAGAGUUUGCGGACAUCGCCAAAGAGGACCAGAUCAAGAAGCUCCAUGACAUGCUGGGACCACACAUGCUCAGGAGGCUGAAGGCUGAUGUAUUUAAACACAUGCCUUCAAAGACCGAGCUCAUUGUUCGAGUGGAGCUGAGCUCCAUGCAAAAGAAAUACUACAAGUUCAUUUUAACACGUAACUUUGAGGCCCUGAACACUCGUGGAGGAGGAAAUCAAGUAUCUCUGCUCAAUGUUGUGAUGGACCUCAAAAAGUGCUGUAACCACCCCUACCUCUUUCCAGCAGCUGCCAAUGAAGCGCCAAAACUUCCAAAUGGCAUGUAUGAAGGCACUGCCCUGACCAAGUCUUCAGGGAAACUGAUGCUGCUCCAGAAGAUGAUGAGACGGCUGAAAGAAGGAGGCCACAGGGUUUUGGUUUUCUCCCAGAUGACUAAAAUGCUCGACUUGCUAGAGGACUUCCUGGAGAACGAGGGUUACAAAUAUGAGAGGAUUGAUGGAGGAGUCACUGGCAACUUGAGACAGGAGGCCAUUGAUCGCUUUAAUGCUCCUGGUGCUCAGCAGUUUGCCUUUCUCCUCUCUACCAGAGCUGGUGGUUUGGGCAUUAACCUCGCUUCUGCUGAUACUGUUAUUAUCUAUGACUCCGACUGGAAUCCCCACAAUGACAUCCAGGCCUUCAGCAGAGCUCAUCGUAUUGGCCAGAACAGGAAAGUGAUGAUUUAUCGCUUUGUUACCAAAGCGUCUGUGGAGGAGAGGAUAACACAGGUGGCAAAGAAGAAGAUGAUGCUCACCCACCUGGUGGUGCGACCCGGCCUCGGAUCUAAGAUGGGCUCCAUGUCCAAGCAGGAGCUUGAUGACAUCCUCAAGUUUGGAACUGAAGAACUGUUUAAAGAUGAAAUUGGAGAUGGGGACAACAAGGAGGAUGACAGCAGUGUGAUCCACUACGAUGAUCAGGCAAUUGACCGUUUGCUUGACAGGAACCAGGAUGCCACAGACGACACUGAGCUCCAGAGCAUGAACGAAUACCUCAGCUCGUUCAAAGUGGCACAGUAUGUGGUGAAAGAUGAAGAUGAUGAGGAGGAGGAGGUGGAAAGGGAGGUGAUCAAGCAGGAGGAAAGUGUUGAUCCAGACUACUGGGAGAAGCUGCUUCGGCACCACUACGAGCAACAGCAGGAGGAUCUCGCCCGCAAUUUGGGCAAAGGCAAAAGAACUCGAAAGCCAGUCAACUACAAUGAUGGCUCCCAGGAGGACCGAGGUAUAAGACAGGACUGGCAGGAGGAUCAGUCUGAUAACCAGUCCGAUUACUCGGUGGCCUCAGAGGAGGGCGAUGAGGACUUUGAUGAACGAACUGAAGAUGUUUAUUCAGAUUCAGACGAGAGCUAUGAUAUCCUCCUCGACAACCUCAACAACAACUGCCGAAAAAGGAAAUGUGACUGCAUCAUCUGCGUUGAGCGUAGAGAGGCAAAGCAAGGCAGAAAGAAAAAGGAAAGGAAAAAGCAUAAGAGAAGGAAACAGGGAAAGAAAAUUAAGAUCAAUGGUUUCCCAGUCCUUUAAUCUGCUUUGCAGAUUAAAUUGUUUGUGUUUAUAUUAAUUGUUUAUAUAACUGUUCACUUUUAUUUAUUAAAUUUGUAUCCGUUAAUAAAAAUGUUGUAUAAAAUUUAUUUUCCAAUUAAAAGGUGCUAUAAGGUGUGCAUUUAUAUA